CUUGUACAAUUGGCGAAGACGCACUAUUACACUACAAAAUCACAGGCAGGCCACUAGUUUUGCAACCUUUUCAAACAGAACCCCACCUAUGUCCUGGCCCAGGGAAACGGAUUGAUUGACUGUAGUCCAAGUAGGCAUUGAAAUGAAAAAAUAAGAUAAGCAUCUCCUCUUUAGACGGUAUGCCCAGCCCUAUUUCCUAAUAUAUAAGGCACAGAUUUCCCGCGCGAUCUCUGUUUUCCAUAACAGAGUCUAAGAAUCCCAAGAAACUUCAUCUACACAAUGGCGGACGCAGAGAAGGUUUACCGAGCUCACCCCAGAGACCUACCGACCUACGAUCAGGCCACCUCAGAAGAGCUUCGCAGGAUCACCCAGAACCCUAGCUGGAACUAUUCUCUCUUUGACUGUUGUUCACCAGGCACAUUAUGCUUGACCAGCUGCUGCCUCCCAUGCCUUGCCUUCGGCAAAACGCAAUCACGACUUCGUGACCCCACACUGCAGAGCUACGACUCGAUCAACGGUGAUUGUGUGAUCUGGUCCUUCCUCAGCCUUGGUCUUACACAGUGGAUCUAUCAGACUAUUAGAAGAGGCGAGCUGCGCAACAAGUAUGGGAUCGAGGGAUCGUGCUGUGGCGAUUGCUGUGUGAGCAUGUGCUGUGCCUGCUGCGCACUCAUCCAAGAGGAAAAGGAGGCUGAAAUACGUACCAGGCCUCAGGUUACAGGCUCAGAUUACCAGGGAAAUUUCCCAGAUAAGCUACCAGAGCCUUCAAAGAUUCAUCAAGGUCCAGAUAAAGCUUCGCCCAAGGCGCCACCGUUUAAACUUAGUGCUGACGGUGGCUUCAACGGCUCGAGGAUCGUCAGGGAUACGGUGAUUAAUGUGGAAGGUGUUCCUAUUAGGGAGUUCACGCUGGAUGACCCUCGGCUUCUCAGUUGUAUCCUUUUCCCAUCUUUGUUGGAUGGGGUUAUUGAUGGAAUUGUUCCGAACAUGACGGCUUGUCAUUAUAGGCCAUAUUCAUCUGUCAAUCAGACGUUUCAGUGUCCUAAUAAUAAGAAACGCACUAUUGCGCUCAGCCUUGACGCGGCUGCUAUUGUGGAUGCCGCUUGGUCGGGUCCCCGGGAAAGGAAUGUGCCUGGAGUGAAUAGCACUGGAUCGAUUGAGCAGUUCAAUCUUCUCAUUGCAAAGAAUACUAGUUUCGAUACCGCGGGGCUAAGUCACGAUGAGUAUCUGAGCCUCUUCAACCUCGCUGUGCAGGAGUACAGUGACUUCAUGAAUACGGCGGACCCCAAUUUGACUGAGUUCCGUAAGCUGGAGGAAAGCUCAUUCAUUACUUAUCGUGGAAUGGCCGAUCUCAACAUUCCGACGAGAGGCAUGGAAUUCUACUACGACAAUGUGAAGGCCAUGUUCCCCGACGUUCAACAGUUAUAUCGUGUCUUUGAGUCUCCCGGUCUGGGGUACUGUUCAGGAGGAAAGAGCGGACACCCCACGACUGUCUUCAAUGUCUUGAGACGCUGGGUUGAAAAUGAACCUUUCAUAUCCAUUCAGCCCCAUCAUAAUUCUUGUUAA